CCCAAAGCAGGCGUCCCCGCGCUCCGCCUGCAGUAACACCCUCGAACCAGGGCCCCCCUUUUGCACCUCCGCCUUCUCCCUUUCGUUUUACGGUAGGCGGAAGAUGGAGGGUUCCGCUGCUCAGCUCCCGGGGAGCCGGGUCCUCCAGGCUCACGGACUGCCUUCCUCGCACUCCGCACCCCGCUCGCCGCGCCGCCCUGCCCGCGCCCUCGGAGCCGCCGGACACGAUGUGGAGACGCUGGCUCGCUCUCGCGCUCGCGCUGGUGGCGGUCGCCUGGGUCCGCGCCGAGGAAGAAAUAAGGAGCAAAUCCAAAAUUUGUGCCAAUGUGUUCUGUGGAGCUGGCCGGGAAUGUGCAGUCACAGAGAAGGGAGAGCCCACCUGCCUCUGCAUCGAGCAAUGCAAACCUCACAAGAGGCCUGUGUGUGGCAGUAAUGGCAAGACCUACCUCAACCACUGUGAGUUGCAUCGAGAUGCCUGCCUCACUGGAUCCAAAAUUCAGGUUGAUUAUGAUGGGCACUGCAAAGAAAAGAAAUCUGUAACUCCAUCCGCCAGUCCAGUCGUUUGCUAUCAGGCCAACCGAGAUGAGCUCCGGCGUCGCAUCAUCCAGUGGUUGGAAGCGGAGAUCAUCCCAGAUGGCUGGUUCUCUAAAGGCAGCAACUACAGUGAAAUCCUAGACAAGUACUUUAAGAACUUUGAUAAUGGUGACUCUCGCCUGGACUCCAGUGAAUUCCUGAAAUUUGUGGAGCAGAAUGAAACUGCCAUCAACAUUACCACCUAUGCAGACCAGGAGAACAACAAGCUGCUACGAGGACUCUGUGUUGAUGCUCUCAUUGAACUGUCUGAUGAAAAUGCUGAUUGGAAACUCAGCUUCCAAGAGUUCCUCAAGUGCCUCAAUCCAUCCUUCAACCCUCCUGAGAAGAAGUGUGCCCUUGAGGAUGAAACAUAUGCAGAUGGUGCUGAGACCGAGGUGGACUGUAACCGCUGUGUCUGUGCCUGUGGAAACUGGGUCUGCACAGCCAUGACCUGUGACGGAAAGAAUCAGAAGGGGGCCCAGACCCAAACAGAGGAAGAGAUGACCCGAUAUGUCCAGGAGCUUCAAAAGCACCAGGAAACCGCUGAAAAGACCAAGAGGGUGAGCACCAAAGAAAUCUAAGAGGCACAUAGGAAGAGUGUCUGGAGUGCAGCACCUUCUCUUCUACUUCAGCGCUGAGUCCAGUAUACCAAGUGUCUGCUACAAUUGCCAAAUCACCAGUAUUUGCUCGUACAGCAACAAAUUUUAUUUUGUUUAUUUGUUUUGCAAUAAAGGAAAUGGAGGUGGCUGGCUAGGAGGGGAUGGGCCAUAGCCUCCAUUUCUAGGAGAGCUUUGAGAGAAGCUAUAUAUAGUGCUCUGGGGCUGGAAGCAAGUAGGAAAACUGCAUCAGGUUGGGAGAGGGAAGACCCAGAGCUGAAGCCUCUCUGAGGUCAUGGCUGCAGGGAGUGAACACAGUGCCAGAGAGGACUGGGCAGGCAGUCCCUGGAGGAGGGAAUGGAAGGCUCAGAUCCAGAUCUGAAGCCUCUCUGAGGUCGGGGACCACGUUCUGCUUCUGGUCCUUGUUGUCACUGCUGUCAGCAUGACAGAUGUCCAGCAUCUCUACUUCUCCUCUUGGUCCCAGCCACUUCCUCUAAGCACAGCCAUCCUGCUAGUGACCCACACCCCUCAGACUUGGAUGGAGUUUCUGGGAGUAUGCCCAAAUUAUGCAGAUACUUGUAUACUUUGAGCCCAGUAGAGACCUAACCAAAUUUUUAAAUACAUUUUACCAAAGGUGCUACUUCUCUGUAAAACACUUUCUCUUUUUUGGAAGUUGACUUCAUUUUUCAAUUAUUAUCAUGAUAUUGUUGUUGUUGUUUUAUGUUUUAUUUUCUUGACUAGAUAUUAAGCUUUUGUAAUUAUUUUAAGGUAGUUCUACCAUUUCUGAGGUGAAGGAGUUUGGAGUUCUUCCUGGUGCACGGAGCUCUAUAAUCCAGACACCCCUGACCCUGCCACAGACUAGAUUAGAUGUAGCCCAAAGUUGGUUGCUUGGUUUCCAGCAGGUCAGCUGUGUGCCAAGGGGUAGGGAGGCCUUGGAUGGAAGUCAGGGGAAGAGGAAGCAUCUUCAUAUAAAACUUUCAAGAUUCAAAAAGUUAAUUUGUGUUCAUUUACUCUGAGAAGGUCAGGCCAAUCACUAUUCCAAAGGAUAGAAGCUUAGCAUAUCCCAGCCUACGAACAUGCUCAUUGGUCUACCAGUAACAUUAGCAGAGUGAUUUUGACCCUAUUUCUUCCAAUUUCUGGGCCCUGGUUUCCUCAGUGAGUGGUUAAGAAUGCAUUAAGCUUUUGAUUUGAUAAAUUACAAAUUUUGUGAUUAUGGAAGUUGUCUAGAGAGCAAAAGGUUCCUGUAAUUUUCUUCCUUCUCCUUAAGAUAAAUGAAACUUUAUUAUAAUAAGAAGAGUCAGCCAAAAAACAAGAUAGCCAAGCUUGACCUCAGUCUGAAUAAGCCUUGCAGUUUGUGCAGGUAUUUGAGACCUUCCUGGGAAAGCCAGCCCAAGAAGGGUGAGAGAACCACCGUACUAGUCUCCAACCAUGCAUGUCAUGUGCAACCUCUUGUUGGAGUCAGAAAGACCUGUCCCUUUAGAGAUGUGGCCAGUAGAAGGUUUCAAAUUCAAGAGGAGUACACAGUGGAGAUUGAGCCUUAUAGCUGAGUUAUUUGCAAUUAUGCUUGCAUCUUUUGGCUCCUAAUUAUUAAACCUCAUUACCAUGUUUCAGAUGCAUUUGGCAUAACAAAAGCAAAAACUGGAUCUCUUUUGGAAAAUCAAGUCACUGACCCUCAGAGAAAAGAUAUUUAGAUGGUACUGCUCAGGCAACAGACAAAUUUGUGCCAGACAAGAAAUUCCUUCUAGUUUUCCUCACACUCAUUUAAAAGGAGAAAAUUCCACUUUGCUUAGUUAGAAUUCUGAACUUCUAUGUGUCACCCCAUUUUUAAAAAGCUGUCUUUGAACCUCAUGUGUGCAGUCUGAAAUGCAGCUCUCUGUCCAAGUGCCUUGGAGAACCCACAGCAGCAUGCCUUAAUCAAAGAAAGUUUUGCCAGCUCUUAGACACAGUGGGAGAGGGCAAUAGUACCAGUUUGUUUAAAGCAAGAAGCCACAGGGUCUCUUUACUGGUCACAUUUAGAACAGGAAUUACCAUCCAAGACUCUACCCUACACUGCAACACUCAAUUCCCAAGAGCAAAGCCACAUUCCUCUUGAGUCUGCUGCUUCUGUGUAAAUAGGGCAGCUGCUAUCUGUACCAUAGAAUCAUGUGAUCUGAGGGCCAUUCAUGGAAAGCUGCUAAGUAGCCUAGUUUGGGGAGUCUUGCAUAGAGCUUUGCAUGGUGCAAACAGGCAGGAUUAAAUCAGAUUCAGUUUCUUUAGCCUUCUAAAAGCAUAUAGGACAUAAACUGCAAGCUUCCUGGACUUUCUCUGUGUAGUUUUACAGUGUCUGUUCAGAUCCAGGGUCCAUGGAAACCCUCCCAUAUGACAUAACUCUGGCUGGACACUAUCACUGUUUUUGGAAAAUAGGGCUCUUCCACCUGCUGAUAAGUGCAUCUGAACCAGUCUGAAUGUCUUUCCUUUACACCUAUGGUUUAAAUAGUCAAACUUCAGGAAACAAUUUGAACAGGUUUCUAUGGCCUGUGUGUUUGUGAAAAUGUAUUUGUAUUUAGUAUGCUUCCAUAUUGCAUUCAACUUGUUUUUGUAACUCCUGAUUUUUUUUGGUUACUAUUGAUAAAUAAAAUAAAAUAAAAUAAG